AUAUAAGAUUAAGAUACUUAAUUAUUUCCCAACAACUCAAGUUUCUGCAAUCAAUUGAUUCUAAACAUGAUAGCAAAGUGCGAUUAGACUCAGAGUUCACAUUAUCUCGAUUAUCAAGGGAUUGGACCUGGAAAGCUCGUCAUCACUUUCAUAUUUGCAGUUUGGCAAAGAGCGGAGAAAGCUUUUAUAAAUUAUUUGAGCCUCCAUUUCUGAACUUUCAAUUUUCUGUCUCCGCCCGUCAACUUUUCAUAGUUGGGCGGCUGGUGAUAAGAGUUUUCAUUUGUUUAAGGACCAGCCAUGGUCCUUGCUGGCCUGGGUGAUUACAUCAGCAGGUGGUGGGUCCUCUUUCCACCGUCCACAUCAUCAGUUUGCUGUACCUAAGCGGACCGACCGUCCACGUCAGCUAGCUUUGGAUGGCUCUCUUUCAGCGGGAGAAGUCAUACCUCAUUCAAACUCUAUUGGCUAUUAGGAUAUGAUCGGAUUCAAUAGUGUACAAAGUUAUUUUAAAUAAAUUAUUCUUUGAAGAAUCGUUUCCUUGUAUAAAUUAUAAGUUUAGUGAAUAAAUUUUAUUUCAGGUGAAACACUUGUGUAGUGGAUAUAUUAUGAAUUCUUGUAAAGUCUUUUUAUCGUGAUUUUGUUAGAGGGUUUGUGUUCCACUUCCUUGAAUUCGUUUAUUGUUUUCUGUAUCUAGUAUUUAUCCAACUUUGUGUUAAUAGCGACACAGUUUGAUAAUUGGUACCAAUUAUCAAACUGUGUCGCUAUUAACACAAAGUUGGAUAAAUACUAGAUACAGAGAACAAUAAACGAAUUCCGUACCAAUUAUCAAACUGUGUCGCUAUUAACACAAAGUUGGAUAAAUACUAGAUACAGAAAACAAUAAACGAAUUCAAGGAAGUGGAACACAAACCCUCUAACAAAAUCACGAUAAAAAGACUUUACAAGAAUUCAUAAUAUAUCCACUACACAAGUGUUUCACCUGAAAUAAAAUUAUGGUGGCUACUUCGGUGCACUCGCUUUUUUGGGUGCAUUCAGUGCACCCACCUCUAAAAGUGGUCAUAAUACACCAAAUUUUGAAAUUUAAUGGGUAGCAUUAGUCUCAUUUGAUGAUAGAACACAAAAUCACAACUAAUCAACCCAUUACCCUAACCUAUUAACAUUCAUUUUGAAUCUAAACCCAAAAUCCCAAAUUGUAAACCCUAACCCUAACUCUAAAUUCCUAAACCCUGAAUCAUUCAAAUUAAAGUGAAUCUUGAAUGAUUUUUGUACAAAUUCAUGUGGUUCUUGUUCAUCAUACUACAAGGGAUGAUUGACAUCGUUUUCACAUGAAUCGUCUGCUCAGAAUGACGAUUAUGAGGCGGGUGCAUUGAAUGCACCCAAAAAAGUGAGUGCAUCGAAGACAUAACCAUAUAUAUAUAUAUGGUGCACAUGCAAUAUAAGCGACGGAUCUAAGGGGCCGCUCUCGGGCCACAGCCCAGCCCUUCCCUGGAUCCAGAGCUAUUAUAGUCAUUGUAAAUUUUUUGAUUUUAGAAAUUCAUUUCAGUGCUUGUCGGGUUACAGCCCAGUCCUCUCCACCACUUCUUAAAAUGUGGCUCAGUGCUCUACCCUAUCAUGGAUCUGCCACUGUGCAAUAUGAUGGAGAAAUAUAAUAAAUGAGAUGUUAUAAAUUAUAAUAUCAUUAAUAUGGAGCACAUAAAGGAGUGCAUACCGAUGAAUAGCAUAUGUGUAAAACUUAGUAUUAGUAAAAAAUUAAGGUAGUUCUUCAAUUUAGAAGCUUCAUUUACAACCUGUUUGGAUAGACAAAAAAACUCAGUAAUUGGAAUUCCAUUUUCAAUUUUAAUUCCAUAUUUUAUGUUUGGAAGGAUAAGAAGGUUGAGAAAUGAAUUUCAUUUGGGCUAAGUUUUGGGAAUUACAUUUCCUAUCAAAAGUGAUAGGAAUUGGGUUUAUGAAGAUGGAAUUAGUGGGUCCCAUCACUAUUUAUUAUUAUUUUAUUAACCAACUAUCACCCUACUCUUUUUCUCUAUCAUUCAUAUUCCAUUUUCCAAGAUAAAAUAAAUAUAUUAUAUUAUUAAUUAUUGUUAAAAGUGCUAAUCAUUUCUAUAGUUGUAAGAAUUAUACCAAACACUAAAAUUGGAAAUGAAAUUCUAGAAAGAUAUUUAAGUAUGAAUCUAAUAACAUUUACUAACCACAACAAUACACAAAAAUAUUGCCAAUUAAGCAUUGUGAUGACUCAUUUAAUUAAACUAUCAUACUUAGAACAUUAAUCUAGCUUAAGAACACCUAAUUGCGUGACCUAACCCACGGUGGCCAGCCAGCCAGCCAGCCAGCUAAUGGUCCUGUUGGAUUAUGUCAUGCCAAGAAGAUUCUUCUGAAAAACUGCGUGCUAAAUUGCUAUCUGGUAUAUAUAUAUCAUCAUCACAAGUUUUGUCAGCUUUAGGGCAAAAUCCAUAGUGUUAUUAUAUGAAUGGCUUCAAGUUUUCUUAUGGGGAUUCAUUGCUUUUAGACUAAUUUAUUAGGCUAAUUAAUCUUCAAUUUGGAAUGUUUCCUCUACCUAAUCCAUCACCAUCUAGUGACAAGCUAAAAUUUUUCACUAGUUUAUCCAAUCUUUAGUUUCAUCAUAUUUUGUUAGGUAUUGUGUAAAUUUAUUUUUCUAAUCAAAUAACUAUCAAAAUACUAGAACGAUGAUACACAUUUUGGUCUAAUUGCGAGACAAAACUCGCAAUACACGUAGUUAACUUAUACUAUAUAUACAGUAAUAACCUGAGUAAAUCGACGUACUGAUAACGAAACUUACUAGCACUGAUCCUACUUACUAGUAGAAUCUUAGGGUUCAAAUAAACACCACUUGCCACCAUACUAAAUCACUCAUCCCCAAUUAUAAUCUCAUUGAUGAGGAAUACCAAACACUUAGGUUUUGAAAGGUACAAGGCAAUGGCUUCUUCUAAAUUGGGAGAAAGCCAUCAAUAUACCUUGAAAAAUCAAAACUCUCCCUAUAAAAGCAUCAAAAUCUAUAGACCCAUUAAGAAAAUGACUUGUAAGAGGAAAAAGUAAGAAGAAAGGAUAAAGAAUCCCACACGACAACUUUCCUUACCCCUACAGUUCUUGGGACAUCCUUUCUGUCUGCCAAAGAGCAUAACCAUGCCAUAAGAGUAAUUAUGGGCUACUUCUUUUUCACUAUUAACCAUUAAUCAAUGCUUAGUAGUGAAAGGCUACAUUCCAAGUUCUUACUAAAUAAGAUGAAUGAUAUAAUAGUAACCAGAGUAUGGUAUAAGCUAUAUUGAUCUUUGGUUGACCAAGAUGUGAGAGGUGUGAGUGUUAAAGCAAAUUUUUCGUACAAAAAUUUAGCGAAAGAGUCAACUUACAAAAUUGAUAAAUUAUCCUCUAGAAGAUAAGGGAUAUAGUCAAAUAAACUCGACCUCAUGUAUCUUUGUUUUGCUUUUCGAGAACAUGUACCUAUUGCAUAAGAUAAAUUAUCUCUAGAAAACUCAAAUUAUUGACGAAUACACAACUCAAUACGCCAUAAUAAUAUUUGGUUGAUAAAAUAACUGAGUAUUAAAUGAAUUGACUAAAUGGUGAUUACAAAAUUACUCUUCCUUGUGAGAUACCCAUGUAUAAGAAAGAACCUAGCUUUAUCAUCCCUCAUGAUUAUUGAUCUCUUGCUAAAAGGUUAUGUUGUUUGUGAUUUGCCACACACAAAGAUGAAUACACUAAGGCAAGAAGGAAAAGGAAGGGGACUGUGAGGCCAUGUGAGGGGGUCAAUGAGUAGGGACCAAUUUCCAUAUCUUGCCAACUCACAAAUGCAUUAACAAGCAUGAUAUCCCAAGUGGCAAUUUUGUCACCCUCUUGCCCUCCUCUCACUUGUUAAUAUAGAGCCAUUAGUGCAGCCAACUAAACCAAACCUUCUCUCUUCCCACACUUUCCACUUUCUGCAGGUUCAUAGCUCAGCAGCCUCUCUCUAUCUCUCCCUACCUUACUCUUCAUGUUGAAGAACAGCUGCCAGAGAUCAAAAGGGUCAGCAUCUUUGAGAGGAUCAACUAGGAAAACUUUAGUUUGGAGAAAAAAUGGCAAGUAGUGAAGUUGAGAAGAUCAUAGAGCCUGUGUCCAUAACACAGGAAGUACAAGGGGUGAAGAGUUAUCUGACACCAGAAGUAGAAGCUGCUGUGGUUAGCUUGGCGAAAUCAGCAGCAGAAGGGAACAGCAGCAGCAUCCUGGAGGUGCCUGAGGGUCAAGCUGACGAGCCAAUCGCAGCGAAAAGCCAUCAGGUUCAGCAUGACAGCAUCGAAGAAGCUGGUCCAGAUGCUGUGGUGGAAGAUCGGGUUUCACCUGGCACAGAAGCCCCUGAACAGAUCAGCACGCCUGAGAUAUGUUUAGUGCAAAAUGAAGGUGCAGCUCCAGAAACGUGCCUGGAAAAUGGAAGCAAGGAUCAUGACUUAAGCUCUGGAGUUGAAGUUAAGGAAUUAGAGGUUGAAAAUGAAGAGGCCACCAAAAGCGACAUGGCUUCGUCAGUGGAAAAUGAAGUGGUUGAGAAAGGAAAUGUAGCAGUGGAGGCUAGUCUGCAGGAUGAAGAGAAGCCAGCACAUCCUGAUGAUGUCAAGGAUGAAGGAGUUUUAGUGCAGGAAAAGAGCUCUAUUGCAAUAGAAGGAAACGAGAUAGCUGAAAGUGCAGUAGAAGCUAAAAUCUCCAAUGAUAAACAUGAAGAAGUAGUGCCAGCGGAAGCUGAAACUGCGGUGGAGAAAACUUUGCAUUCAGAGUCUCAUGAAGAAGCAAAUAAACAGAAUGAAGCAGCUGUAGAAACUGAAAAGCACAUUGAGAUAGCUGAAAGUGCAGAAGAAUCUAAAAUCUCCAAUGAUAAACCUGAUGAAGCAGUGCCAGCGGAAGCUGAAACUGUGAUGGAGAAAACCUUGCAUCCAGAGUCUCAUGAAGAAUCAAAUAAUGAGAAUGAAGCAGCUGUAGAAACUGAAAAGCACAUUGAGAGUGAGACUAGAGAGUUAGAACCAGCAGUUGCAGAAUUGGUCACAAAGAGUGCUGAAAGUGAAACAGAGGCAGAGAAACAAGAACAGGUUGAUGAACCAGAUUCUAAAGAAGCUCUGGAGAUCCAUAAUUGUGGGGCAAGCAAAGAAGUAGUUCAAACAGAAGAAGCAUAUGAUGCAAAGACACCUGAACUGGAAACCAAGAGUAAUCAUGAUGAUACUGUGAACAAGGAAGGGAGCUCCAAGGAAAUGACCACAGUAUCUGAUGAUGACAAAGUAGAAGAGCCUGUCAAAGAAAGCACUGUUGAGGACUUGCAAAUUGAUGAUCAGAGUGCUAGCAAAGAAGACAUUGCUACUCCAGUGAAAAGUGACGUGGCAGAGAAGGAAAAUGCUGGACAAAUCGGUGUGCAGGAAGAAGAGAAAGCAGCAGACUUUGCUGAUGUCAGAGAUAAUGAAGUUGUUCUGCAAGAAAAGACAUCUAAUGUAACAGAAGUAAAUGAGACAGCUGAAAGUGCAGAAGCCAAAAUCUCUGAUGAUAAACCUGAUGAAGCCGAGAAAGUGGAAUCUGAAACUGUGGAGAAGAAACCCCUACAUUCAGAGUUUCAAGAAGAAGCAACCUAUCAACAAAAUGAAGCACCUGCAGAAACUGAAAACCAUAUCGGCAGGGAGUCAUCUGCAGGAGAGCCAAUAACUGCAGAAUUGGUCACAAAGAAUGGUGAAACAGAUGCUGAGAAACAAGAAGAGAUUGUUCAACCUGAGUCUAGCGGAACUCCAAAGGUUCAUCAUGAUGCUGAAGCAAGCAAAGAAGAAGUGGAAGUUCAGACAAAAGAAGAAACAUCUGAUGCACAGAAAACUGAGCUGGAACCCAAGAGUAAUGAAGAUGAUACUGGAAAGGAGAUAAAAACAAAUCCAACACUUGGUAUUGAUGAGGCACCAGAAAAACUGACUGUGAGGAGUGAAGACCCGACUAUUCACAUUGUAGAAAAAGAGGUAGAAAUACAGAAAGAAGAGAUCUCUAAGGAAGAUGUGAAGGGAGAUGAUGCAGUUGAUGUUAUAGAAGAGCCUGUCAUAGAAGACACUGCUGAGGAAAUCAAGAUCGAUGAUCAUAGUGACAGCAAAGAGAUCAUUGAGGAGGCCGAAAGAGUUGAUUCUAGUGUGGAAGAGCCAGAGAAGAAUGAGCAAAGCCCUGAAGUAAUAUUAGAGACUCCUCCUGAUGGAGAAAAGGAAGGUCAGGAAAACAAUGAGAAGGAAGAACAGAAUACUGAAGGAGUUGAAGACGAGGACGUGCCAAAGAAGAAUGAAAGUUUUGAAGCUUCUGAGGAAACAAUUGUGUUAGGAGUUGCUUCACCAGACGAUAAGAAAGAAGAGGCUGAAGGAAUCAACAAGGAGACAGCUGAAACAGUUGAUGAACCUUCCCCCCCAAGUCAGGGUCAUGAAAGCUGUGACUCAACUGUUCAGAUUUCUGUGGAAAAGGAAGAAGGAAGUGUGGACAGUGAAACCCUUGGUCGGUCAGUUGAAUCUAAUGUGAAUAGUAAUGGACUGGAAGAAGUUGAAGAGAUCAGCAAUAAGGAGACAUCAAAGGUGGCAGAAGAAGUAGAAAAGUUGGUUAUUCCAGUAUCUUCAUCUGAAGCUGAGGUGAAUUCCUCAACUAAAAUGAAUGAUGAUGUUGCUGAAGAGAAGACAUCGAUUCCUAAAGAAGAUGACAAGGGAGAUCUCCCCAAUGAAAGCCAUGCAACAGAUACCACUGAGCAAAUUCCAGUUGAAGACAUUCAGAAAGGUGAAGAGACUGUUGAACACUCAAAUAGAGAGGUAUUGGAACAGUCUGAAACUGCUGCAAAAGUUGACAGCAGUAGUACUCCAGAUGAUACAGAACAGAAUGGUGAAGCUGUUGCCAUUGAAAAAGAUCCAAUUUCAGUGAGUAACCAUGAGACAGAACAGAAUGCUGAAACCAAAAAUGAAUCAGAAAAUUCCGUGGAGGAGCCAAUGCAAGAGCCUGUCAAAGAAGGCAUAGUUGCGGACUUAGGAGUUGAUGAUGCAAGUUCUUGCAAAGAGAUAGAGCAAAAUGAGAAAUGUCCUGAGGCUGCAUUGCAGACUUCUACUGAAGGAGAAAACCUCGAGGCUUUACCGAUGGAGGAAGAGGAGACUGAGAAAGGAGAAACAAAGAAUGAUGGAAUUGCAGAAGAGGAAGUGGAGAAUAAGACUGAACAGGGAGAAACUGUUGAAAGGGCGAUUGAGGUUCCUCAGGUUGAUUCCGAGGAUGCAGAAGUGGUCCAAGAAGGCAGUGGAGGACAUAGUGUACAUGAGACUGAACAAAAACCAAUCAUUGAAGCUUCCGAGGAAAGCAACGUUGUUCUUACUCCACAAGAUUUACCAGAAGAUGAUAAGAAAGAAGAGGUUGUGGAAAGCAACAAGGAAGCUACUGAAACAGUUGAUGAACCUGAAACUGCAACUCAGGAUCAUGGAAGCCUGGAAAGUGAAUUCUUUGGAGUAGAGGAAGUUGCAGAGAUCAGCAAGGAGGCACCCAAAACUGGAGAAGUGACAGAAAAAUCUGAGGUAAUUUCUUCAAGCAAAGUGGAUGAUGUUGUUCAAGAGAAGGUAGAUAUACCAGAAGAAGAAAGCCAUGCAUUAGAGUCCAUUGAGCCAAGUCCAAUUGAGGACUUGCAUAAAGAUGAACAAAAAGUUGAGCUCUCCAGUGAAGAGGUUUUGGAACAGUAUGAAACUGCUGCAGAAGUUGAGAGCAGCAGUACUGCACAUGAGACAGAACAAGAUGAUGAAGUUGUCACUGAAAUAGCUUCAACCAUAGAAGUCAAAACUGAGGUACCUGAGACAGAUGAGAUCAUCGAGAAGGAAACACUGAAAGGUGAAGAAGUUGAAAGUGUGCUGCAAGAGGAGAAAGAACAAGAGACAAGAACUUCAGCAGAAGAGAAUCCUGAAGAGCUAGUCACCGAACACGAAAUCACUAUGAAGGAUCAACCUACGGAAGUUAGUGGAGAAAUCCAAACUAAAGAUGAUGAGUUACCGGUGGUUGAAAAAGAAGUGCCUGAGAUUAUUCAAUCUGGUGAUGAGUACAAAGAAUUAGAGAAUACCAUGGAAGAAAAAGAAGAGUCUACCAAAGAAAUUCAAGAGCCUGUAGUGGUCGAACCGGUGUUAGGAGAGGAAGGAGAGAAGGAAGGCGUUUCUGAAGAGAAAGAAUCAGUUGAGCCAGAAGCAGUGGAGGCCAUAGAUACCACAAAACAAGGAAAUCUGAUAGAAGAGGUGAAAGAAUCCAUCUCAUCAACAGAAUCUGAUACACCAACAGGCUCCAAUGAACAAACAGAAUCUGUAGCUGCCAUUAUCCAAGCUGCACCGACACUGGACAAAGAGACAUUGGUCGAAGAAACAACAGUAGAUGAGAAUACAAUGGUUAAAGGAACUGAGAAGCCAUUGGUGGCUUCUUCAGCUACUGCAACAGUUGAAGAUUCUGAAGGAACAUCAAAGGAGGAAACUAUAGAGGAAGAUUAUGAGGAAAGGAAGCAGAUUUCUGAUGAAUUUGGUGAAUCCAGACUUCCUGCAGCAGGAAUUCUGGAGUCUGCAGCAAUGCAAGAGGAAGAAGUGAAAGGCAACGUUGAAUCGGUAGUUGCAGAGAGUGAGGCUAUCCCAGAGAAGCUAACAGAGGAGAAACAUGUGGUACAAUCUUCAGAAUUACCUUCCCAUGAAGAUGAUCACGAGGAAAAGAAGCAGCCUUUUGAUGAAGUUUGCGAAUCCAGACUUCCUGCAGCAGGAAUCCUGGAGUCUGCAGCAAUGCAAGAGGAAGAAGUUAAAGGCAAUGUUGAAUCAGCACUUGAAGAAAGUAAGGCUGUACAAGAGCAGCUACCAGAAGAGAAGCAUGUGGUAAAAUCUUCAGAAGUCCCUGCCCAUGAAGAUGACUAUGAAACCAAAGCUGUGAUUGAGAAUACAGAAGAAGAGGAAACCAAGAAUGUGUUGGUUUCACAACCUGACACUCCACAUGAUCCUUUGGAGCUCCAGACAAUAAAAGACACUUUUCCGAAAGAGAUGCAGCCUAGGGAGUUUGAAUCUGAAGCAAGCACAGAGAACAAGCCGGUUGAAGAACAGGACAAGGAAGAGGGAGCUUCACAAACAGUUGAAGAACAAAUCAAUGAAGCAUCUGAAGGUGUUGAAACCACAACUGAAGACAAACUAACUGAUGAGAAAUCCAUCAAGGAGGUGAAAGCGGAAGAGCAGCAUCAGGAAGAGCCUCCUUCUUUGCUUGAAAAGGAGGAAGAGGAGAAGGAAAGCUCAAUUGAAACGGAGGAAGUGAAGGAUGAGUUACCUCAAACUGAACCAGAAACCGAAGGAGAGUCAUGCUCACAGGAGCAGUUGAAAAGCCCUGAAGAUGCAGUGAAAGAAGAAGUUUCUGUUUCAGAUGAGAUGGAUAAAAAGCAAGAAGCUUCAGAUUCCACUGGGAAUGAAGCAGUUAAAGAUGAUGAAGUUCCAGCAGCUGAGGCUCUCCCUGAAGAACCUGAAGUUCUGCAAGAUGAGCCAAAACAUACAGAAGAAGAAUGCAAGCCAGAAGAGGUUGAAAAGGAAAAUCAGGUGAAAGAUGAAGUGGAGGCUCUAGUUGAACAAGAUAAUGUGGAGAAACAAGUUUGGAAGAGUGAUGAUAUUUCAGGAGGUGAAACUACUGCAACAACUGAAGAUACUUCUAGUGGAAUAUCAGAAGACAAGUCAAAACAGGCAGAAGAAGAGCCUGUAGAGCAGCAAGAGGCUCGAGAGCUGGAUGUUACUACGCAAGUGGAUCCUCAGGUUGAAGAAGAUGUACAGGAAUACGAUGAAGUACAGAAGGGAGAUGAUGCAGCUGUUGCUACUGAAGAAACAAAAGAAGUUUCUGCCUUGACUACAAUUGCAGGAGAAGCAAUCAGGCCAGUAGAGCAAGUUUCAAGGGAGUUUCAAGUCUCUGAGUUGGAGCCCGAAGUUGAAAAGGGAUCACAGGAAAGUGAAGGAUCUGCAAUUACUGAAGAAACUGAAUUAGUUUCUCAGGAUACUAAACCUCUCGACGAAAAUGAAACUACUCAACCUGAGAAUUCCCCUGUUGAGAAACUAGAAGAGGAGCAUCAUGAAGUAUUAGAAACAAGCAAACCCGUAGAAGAAACAUUGAACGAAGCCAAAGAGAUGGAAGAUGAGGCAUCCUUAAUAAAGGAAGAGCCCAUUGUUGGCCAACAGAAAGAAGGACAAGAAGAGAAAGAAGAAGCUUCUGAGCCUGCGUCCAAUUUUGAGUUUCCAGGCUUUAUACAACCUAAGGAGCUUGAACAACAAGUCACCACAGAAUGCCCAUCUGGAAGUGAAGAAAUCAAAGUAAAACAGGAAAAAACAGUUGAUAUCAACACUGUCAUAAAUAAAGAGACUCUGAAUUCUGCAUCAGAAGGUAGUUCCCAGGCGGUCAUCACCAAACCGGUGGAUAAUGCUGUCAAUGAAAAUCAACCAGAGGGAUCCGAAGCUGAGCUGGCUAUCAAGGAAAAGGAGAUUAUCCAGGAGAGCAAACCAGAAAGUGAACAGAAGGCUGAAGGAAUUCCUGAAGAAGAGAUUGAACCUAAAGAAAGCGGAAAUGAAGAGGUCAGCCGUGAGAAGGAGAGCAUUCCAAGUGAAUGUGAUGUGAAGAUUGCUGAAGAAGAAGCUAAAGUGAAAACUGAAGAGCGCAAAGCAGAAGCCACAACUCUGAUUGAUAAGGAACUAUGCACAGAAAUAUCACAAAGAGAUCUUCCAGUGGAACUUGUGGAAGAAGCCACUUCUGAGAAGCAGAUUUCAACUGAAGCAAAACCAAGUGCAGCCGAUGAGACAAUCAACCCAGCCAAAGUCUCACUGUUUGACAUGAUGGCAAAAUCCACAAGAGAAAGGCAAGUGGUUCUUGAACCGACAGAAGAGAAAGAACCACAGCCAGCAGUAACAAGAGAUGAGACCAAAGCAGCUGAAGCACAACCAGAGAAAGCGAAAUCGGACAAUGAGAAGGAACACGACGAAGAACACGAAGCAGAGGAACAGGAUGAAGGUGAGGACCAGCAUAAGAACGACUCAGGGUCUGAUGGUAUGGUGAUUGUAGAAGCCAGCAAGGAAGCCGAGGUGAAAGUGGUUACUACUCCUCAGAAGAAGUCCCACAACAUACUAUCAGAAGUUGGGUCCAAAGUGAAGCACUCAAUUUCCAAGGUAAGGAAAGUGAUCACAGGCAAGUCCUCUCAUCAAUCAAAGCAGAAAUUUCAUGAGCAAAAUUCACCAAAGUAAAGCAGAAAUGUUCUUGGUAGCUACAUUGGCAAGUUAGAGAGCAAAGAUAGUGCAUAUAGGUUUUGUAAUGAGAGGUUCAUUUUUUUUCUUUUCUUCUUGUGAGUGAUUGAUCGAGAUUGAGUGUGGUGUGAGUGUGCAUAUAGGCAUGUUGAUUGUAAAGUUUUCAACUUUAUGAAGAUUUCUAGGUUUGUAUAGAGUUGGCUACAUGGCUGACAAUCUUUAUCUUUAUUUUUCUUUCUAUACUGGUAUGGGUGUGUAAUGGGGAUUGAAAGUUUUAGUCUUUAUGAUCCUGAAUAAUACCCUUUUGCGCAA